UGCGGAGUGGCGCUGGGCGCGGAUUGGUGGCCUCACCAGGCGCGCCCCACCCGCCACUCGCGGCGGGCCGGGGGCUUGUGGCGCCGUCGGCGCAUGUGCGGCCGUGACCGGCGGAGGUGCGGGGUGUCAGCAAUCCGCGAGGCGCCGCGCGCCCAGCCCGCGCCUUUCCGCGCGCCCGCCCGCCCGCCCGCGGGUUUGGGUCGGUAGCGCGCCGCUAGCUGAGCAUCCUUCCGGCCGCGCACCUGCCCCGCGCACCUGCCGCCAGCUGCUCCGCACUCCGCUAGGCGCUCAGGAUCAAGCGCUUGCUCUCUAGCCGGUCCCGGCCCUGCCUGCGUGUCCUCCCCGUGCCGCAGCCGGGCCCGGGCUCAGCGCUGCGGCGGGCGAGUGCAGUCCGGAGCGCGGCCCGGGCCGGCGCGGCGCGGCGAUGAUGAACAGGUUCCGAAAGUGGCUGUACAAACCCAAGAGGUCAGACCCACAGCUGCUGGCCCAGUUCUACUACGCUGAUGAGGAGCUGAACCAGGUGGCUGCAGAGCUGGACAGCCUGGAUGGGCGGAAGGAGCCCCAGCGGUGCACACUGCUCGUCAGCCAGUUCCGCUCCUGCCAGGACAAUGUGUUAAACAUCAUUAAUCAGAUCAUGGAGGAGUGUAUCCCUCAAGACCGUGCCCCUCGGGAUUUCUGCGUCAAGUUUCCUGAGGAGAUCCGGCAUGACAACUUGGCUGGCCAGUUGUGGUUCGGGGCUGAGUGCCUGGCAGCUGGCUCCAUCAUCAUGAAUCGUGAGCUCGAGAGCAUGGCUAUGCGGCCACUGGCCAAGGAACUGACGCGCAGCCUGGAGGAUGUGCGGGGCACUCUCCGUGACCAGGCACUACGAGACCUCAACACCUACACGGAAAAGAUGCGGGAAGCGCUGAGGCAUUUUGAUGUUCUGUUUGCCGAGUUCGAGCUGAGCUAUGUCUCAGCCAUGGUGCCUGUGAAGUCCCCCAGAGAGUACUAUGUGCAGCAGGAGGUCAUCGUGCUGUUCUGCGAGACAGUGGAGAGAGCCUUGGAUUUCGGCUAUCUGACCCAGGACAUGAUCGACGACUAUGAACCUGCCCUCAUGUUCACCAUUCCUCGGCUGGCCAUUGUGUGUGGCCUUGUGGUCUAUGCAGAUGGACCCCUGAACUUGGACCGAAAGGUGGAGGAUAUGUCCGAGCUGUUCCGGCCCUUCCACACGUUGCUGCGGAAAAUAAGGGAUCUGCUGCAGGCGCUGACUGAGGAAGAGCUGCACACACUGGAGCGGAGCCUCUGUGUUUCUCAGGAUGUGGAGCUCCCCAUCCGGGCAGAUGCCCAGGCACCCAGUGCCCUGGCACCAACCUUUUCUGCCUCCCUUCCCCCUGAGGAGCCACUUUCAGCCAGUGCCAGCAACCCAGAGGCAGAACUGGCCUGCUCAAUGCAGUAUGAUGAUCAGGAGUUGGAGGAACUUAGCCGCAUGGUCCACAGAGCUGGAGAUGAGAUGUCAUCUCUGCUUUCCCCGCCCAGUGCCUCCCAGUCCCCAGCACAUAGGCCAGGCCCAGAGGCCAGCCCCCGAGGGGAAGCCUCUCCAGCCAGAGCCCAGCUGAAAUCGGGCAGUGACGAGGAGGAAAGGGUAUUCUUCAUGGAUGAUGUGGAGGUGACAGAGUCUCCUGCCAGGUCGGAAUCCCCAGGGUGUACAUUUGAGUUGACAGGUAACGGGGAGGGCUGUGCUCAACAGAGAGGACAGAACAGCCAGAGUGGAGAGGUGGGGGUGGGUGCACCUUCCUUGGUGAAGGAGGAAGACCGGAGCAACAACAACAUUGAGGACGACAAAAUAAAGCUGGCCAGCCUUGUGGGCUCCACUUCCUGCAGCUGCCUGGACUCACAGCUGUACCUGGACGGCUGGGAGGUGAGUGUAGAUGAUGCUGAGACCGCCGAGAUGAUUGCACAUCGGACCGGGGGCAUGAAACUCUCGGCCACAGUCAUCUUCAAUCCCAAGUCUCCCACCUCCUUGGACUCAGCCGUGGCCACUCAAGAAGCCACAGGCCACGGUAUUACCCCAUUGGAGCCCAGGGCAGAGGGGACAGCGGACAAUUCACACAAAGUCGGCACUGCAGCCACCAACUGCCUCCUCCACUCCUGUGUGUGCUGUGGGAGCUGUGGGGACAGCAGGGAGGAUGCAGUGGAGCGCCUGCGGGAGAAAUGUGGUCCAGGGAGCAUCAUUAGUGCCUCUAACCCUUCUGUAAGCUUAGCCAAGGCUGGGGACAAAGAGCCUGAGAGACUAGAUGAAGUCUGGCCUUCCUCCAAUGUCACCUUGCCUGCAGAAGAUGCCUCCAGUGGGCAGGAGCCCAAAGCUCCUGCUUCCAACAAGUGCCUGGCACACACCUCAGGGCCUCAGGUGGACAAAGCAAGCAGGUUGCAAGGAGAGGGUGAGGUCAAAGGCCUGUCAGAGCCAGAGACCAGAAAUCAGGACCCUGAGAAGUCCUCUGUGGCCUUGGGUGAUAAUGCAAGAGAAGACGUGGCCCAGACAGAACCCCAGCACCUGUCGGACUCCAGAUGGUGCCGCUGUGGACUCCUACUGCAGAGGUCUCUCCUGUUCCUGAGGCAGCUCCAGCUUCAUAGCCGAGUCAACUGGAAUGAAUUAACUUCCCAAAGGCUGCCAAUGGCUACCUUGAGGCCUCUGGCUCAGUUUAUUGGUAACAGCCAGCAAACAUCUAACAUCUGGAAGCUUCUCCCACCCUGAGCAGGGCUCUUCACAACAUGCCUCUGCAUUUAGACCCAGUCCAGCUCAGCACACACUCAAAACUCAGCUGUGGAAAGGUGAGACAACCCACCUGGUGGCUCAGAAGACCUCCCACCUCCCAGGAAGCCUGUUUAGAAGAUACAGAGGGUCUGAAGAGCAAGCAUUUGGCAGGAGACCAGAACCUCAGACAGCCAUAUGUGGGCCAAGCACUGUGCUUUACGGAACUGGAAGAAGUCAGCCUACGGCCACCUGCCUAUCACUCCUGCCCCGGCACUGGCAGAACUGGCAUGGGAGCACUGGUCAUGUGUUCUGUGUCAUGAGCACAUGUCUCAGGGGCCAAGCCAGGUACCGGAACCCACCCAGGAACCAGAUGGACGUGGCAGGUCCUUCAGGACUACAAGGAGAUGAUACAAUAGUGUGUUCUCAAACAGAGGCAAGAGGCCAGCCACAUGCAGGCAGAACAUUUGCUGAAAUGCAGAGUGAGACCUCAGGUCUGGCUAGUAGGACAACAUUGUGACCAAGUUUUCUCAUGACGCAUGUGGUCUCAUGCACAGGGGUGCUCUAUUCGUCAGGGCUUUCUAAAGGAACAAAACUCUGUGUGUGUGUGUGUGUGUGUGUGUGUGUAUUUGGGGAUUUGCUAGGUUGUCUUAUAGGAUGCAGUCUGAGACUCUAGCAAUGGCUGCUCAUGCCAGUAAAGAUGUGAACCUGGCAGUUGUUCAGUCCAUAGGCUGAUGUCUCAGCAGUCCCAGUUUGAGGCUGUCACCCUGGAGGAUUCCCGGGGAACUGCUCACUUCAGUCCAUGUUGCAGUCCUGGGUAAGCUGAUUCUAAUAUGGUUGAAGGACUGUCUCAACAACAGGCUAGAUGACCAGUGGGGUAAGGACAAGCAGGCAGAAAGCAAAGUUUCCUUCCCCUCUGUCCUUCUGUGUGGCCUGUGACUAGGUGUCACCCACAGUAACCGUGGGUCUUCCCGCUUCAGAUAACCUGGCUAAGAAAAUCCCUCACAGGAGUGCCCAGCAUCUUGUUUCAGUUGCAUUCUGUAUGCAGUCAAGUUGACAGUCAGGAUUAUCCAUCACAAGCGGGCCGUGAUUCUCCUCUAACUCUGCAGCUGGGAGACAAACUCAGAUGCUAAUGUCUGCCUCUCCUUGGUGUCCCUGAAGGGGACAGUUACUUUCAGUCUCUGCAAGCAGCAGGAGUCAUUUCACUGCUGUUAUGACUUAGUCAUGGGGUUCACUCCUCAUCUGGCAGGUGGCCUCUGGUGGAAUGUGGCAUGGAGUGUAUAAUGAAGCGUGGGUAGGCCCUGUGCUCACAGGCUUCUGUCCAGUGUGUGAAACUUACCUCUCUGUGCUACAAGUGGGAGAGAAGCAGGGAGCUGUGACGAGAGACCUACCUUCAAGGCUGGAGUCCCCCAUUUCCCUGGAGUGUGUGUGGCUAGAAGGUGGAGGGUUGCCCCUGUCGGGACCAACGCAUGGAAGCAGAUGGGCCUGGGAGAGAGUAUGGGCCCUGCUGGAGAAGCCCCUCCCCAGGUGGUCUUCUAGUCCCGGCUGAUUCAACAACCAGCACCGUCACCCAAGGGUGGCAGCUCAUUGUCAUUGGUCGGCACAGAUGCACUGACCCUGCGGAAUCUUCUGGAGCCUGUGUUCUUUAGUUCUUUGCUUUCUGCUGGCUUCUUAUCUAUGUGUUCAGUGGUCAGAGAUGAACUUUUGGGCGGGGGGGAGGUUGACUUUAUUUAGUUUGUUAAUUUGUCUUUUUGUUUGUUUGUUUGUUUGUUUGUUUGUUUGGUUGGUUGGUUGGUUUUUCGAGACAGGGUUUCUCUGUGUAGAAUAGUCUGGCCUAGGACUUGCAGAGAUCCACCUUCCUCUGCCUCCUGAGUGCUGAGGUUAAAGGCAUGAGCCGCCACUGCCCAGUGAAAGUUGACGGUUUUAAAAAGCUGGUUUUCUCCCACCUGGCCUUAGCUUCCUGACUCAAAACAUUCUUUGGUGCCAACUCCAUUGGCUGCUUGCCAGAGGAUGAAAACCACUCAAGUCUGUCUCCCACCCUGGACACUACAGAAGUAUUUGCUUUAGAAAUGACACGGAUCCCUUUUUUAAAAAAAACCUCUGAUUGUAAGUGUGGUCCCUGUUCAUUGUAAAAACUUUAAAAACAUUAAGAAGACUAAAAGAAGUAAAUAAAA